AGCACGAUGCGCAUGCUGGCCGCGUUCGCGCUUGCGGCCUGCUGGCAGGCGGCUCGCUCCGCUCCGCCCGAGGCGCGUCUCGCGCCGCGGAACUCUACACCCGCGCGCACGCUGCGUUGCAGUGACGGACUCGUGCUACCCGCCUGGAAACCCCUCGAAGACGUUCCGACCCUCGAUAUUGCCUUACGCGGUCUCGUAUAUUUUUUCGCACUCCUAUAUCUGUUCAUAGGCGUCUCUAUAGUAUCGGACCGGUUCAUGGCAGCCAUAGAAGUGAUCACAUCGAGAGAGAAGGAAGUACGCGUUCGACGAAACGGCAGCGAGCAGAUAAUCGUGGUGCGAGUGUGGAACGAGACCGUCGCUAACCUGACGCUGAUGGCGCUGGGCUCGAGCGCCCCCGAGAUCCUCCUGUCAGUGAUAGAGAUCGCAGGCAAGGAUUUCCAGGCCGGCGACCUGGGUCCCGGAACUAUAGUCGGCUCGGCCGCGUACAACCUCUUCGUCAUCAUCGCUAUCUGUGUGGCGGUCAUCCCCGAUGGCGAGGUGCGGAAGAUAAAGCACCUGAGAGUGUUCCUAGUUACCGCGACGUGGUCGGUCUUUGCUUACGUGUGGCUCUAUCUCAUCCUUGCCGUGAUUUCACCUAGCGAGGUGGAAGUAUGGGAGGGCGCCGUGACCUUCCUUUUUUUUCCAGCCACAGUGUUGACUGCUUAUAUAGCAGAUAGACGUCUGUUAGUUUAUAAGUACCUUAAGAAAGGUUAUAGGGUUAAUGAAAGAGGUGUAAUCGUAGAAGCAGAGGGUGAUGGUUCCGUGGAAAUGGCUUUAAAACCAGGAGACGAGUUUGCGACAGACGACGAAGAAGGUCGUGAAUUAGAGAAGUCUAGAAGAGAAUACAUUUCGGUUCUUCGCGAAUUGAGGAGACAACAUCCACAGGAAGACUUGGAAACAGUGGAAAGGAUGGCUUUAGAGACGUUGAUGUCUCGAGGUCCCAAAUCAAGAGCUUUUUAUCGUGUGGCCGCGACUCGUAAGAUGACCGGUGGUGGGGACUUUUCCCGCAAAAUCUCAGAAAGAGCUCAAAGCGAUCUCAGCGAAGUAAAAGCUGAAAUACAACGCCGCGAGUCGGAAUCUUUGUCUCCGGAACCCAAAGGUCCCACCGUUCGGUUCGAUCCCAAUCACUACACGGUGAUGGAAAAUUGUGGAUCGUUCGAAGUGAGAGUGAUCCGCAGAGGUGACUUGAGCGGCGAGGUGACCGUCGAGUACUCCACGGAGGACGGCACGGCGGAAGCAGGCUCCGACUAUAUCGCGGCACGCGGCCGUCUCGCCUUCGCGCACGGGGAGGCCGAGAAAAAGUUUUGCGUCGAAGUGAUCGACGACGACGUGUUCGAGGAGGACGAGCAUUUCUACCUGCGCCUGAGUUCCCCGCACGGAGCCGCACUCGCUUCGCCAUCCACCGCUACCGUGGUGAUUCUGGACGACGACCACUCCGGCGUAUUCGCCUUCCCUCAGAGGGACUUCGAGCUGACGGAGUCCGUUGGCACAUUCGAGCUGCGCGUGGUGCGCACGGCCGGCGCCCGAGGCCAGGUGAAGGUGCCCUACUGGACGGAGGACGGCACCGCGAAGGCUGGCGCGCAGUACGAGGAGGUGCAGGGCUUCGUAGUCUUCGAAAACAACGAAACAGAAAAGUUCAUUCCUCUGCACAUCAUAGAAGAGGACAGCUACGAGAAGGACGUGCUGUUUUAUGUGAACCUGGGAGAGCCGGAGCUAGUGGACGACUGCGGUGGGCACGGUGGUCGCGGGCGGCGUGGCGGGCGGGAGUCAGCCGAGCACCUGGUCGCGCUGCCGGACCAGGAGGCAGCGGUGGCAAUGCGGGGUCUGCCGCGUGCCGGCGACCUCACGCGUGCGCAGCUUAGGGUCAAAGAGAGCAAGGAGUUUAAGAGCACGGUAGACAAGCUGGUGCAGCGAGCGAACGCCUCCAUCAUAAUCGGGACGUCGUCGUGGAAGGAGCAGUUCGCGGAGGCGCUGACGGCUAGCUCAGGGUCCGACGAGCCUGAGACUUCGCCCUCGUGGUCGGAUUACGUCCUCCACGUGAUCACUUUGUUCUGGAAAAUCAUUUUCGCGUUCGUCCCCCCCACCGACAUCGGGGGCGGGUACUUGUGCUUCGUGGUGUCAAUCGUAUGUAUCGGGCUGGUGACGGCCGUCAUCGGCGACGUGGCCGCACACUUCGGCUGCACGCUCGGCAUCAAGGACUCCGUCACUGCCAUCGUGUUCGUCGCGCUGGGCACCAGCAUACCCGACACGUUCGCGAGCAAGGUGGCGGCGAUCCAGGACCGAACAGCCGACGCGUCCGUAGGCAACGUGACGGGCUCUAACGCGGUCAACGUGUUCCUCGGCAUCGGCGUGGCGUGGACCGUAGCCGCCGCCGUGCACCGCGCGCGCGGCGAGCCCUUCCACGUCGACCCCGGCAACUUGGCGUUCAGCGUGACGAUGUUCUGCUCGGAGGCGGCGCUGGCGGUACUGGUGCUGCUGCUGCGGCGGCGGCGCUCUGUGGGCGGCGAGCUGGGCGGCCCGCGAGGACUCAAGCUGCUCACCUCCGGCUUCUUCUUCUCGCUGUGGCUGAUCUAUCUACUCAUGUCCGGCCUCGAGGCGUACGACGUAAUUAAAGGGUUUUAAACUCAAUAAAUAUCGGCCUUUAACUGAAUUGUGUUCAUCCGCAAAUGAACUAUUAUAAGGUGAAAGUAACCGUUGUGUUCUGUUAAAGUUUAUAUUUUCACAUUUAGUGCUAUAGUAGUUAUGUAUAAUAAUAAAAGAUAAAGAUCUAAAAGUGUCGAAAAGUGUCGUGCUCAAAUGUACAGCUUUAGAACUGUUGUCGUGUUUUCCUCUUCCUCUAGUCGUUUCACUUUCAUAGUUCCAUUAGAGAUUAAUGUAGCAUUAAAGGCUGUGCUAUCGAACGUCUAAUUACAUAUAUAAUGUAAGUAAAUUAUAAUUAGGAAUAAGUAAUACAUAAAUAAAGUAACAAUAGAUGUCAUCACUUGCAUCGAUUUCGAUACGUAUUUUUAAUAAUUGUUAACACCCAUCGAGAUAGAAUUAACCAAGAUUUUAUAAAAGCUUUGACGAAAUACUCGUAUCAUAUAAAUAAGGCAGUGUGGGGUGAACCGAUGUGCUGGAGACUUGAUUGUAACUGGUGGUGUCCGGCCGGUGGUGUUAUGCCCUUGCUACUAAAUAUAAGCUGAGUAUGUGUUCAUACGAAUAUCCUCCACUCUAACUAUUAAGUCAUAUAAAAUAAAUUUAUGAAUCCUUCCUACUGCACUGCAAUUCUUUCAUAUAAUGCACUGUUUCUGAGACCUCUCUAUCUCUCUCUCUCUCUCUCUAGUAUCUAUUGAUUUUAAUUAAACAAAAAAUAACAUAAGUAUAGCCGUGGAUCAGGCGGCUCGAGCAGCCAACAGCGACUCCAGCUGGCUGGGGGGAGGCGAGGCUAAACUUUCUUAUCUAUGACACUGAGUCAUAGGACGCGGCUGCCGGCAACUACAAACUGUGCCCCAUUUUAUUAUAGUCUAACAUUAUAUUAUAGUAUACAAAACUAAUUAUGUUUAUAAAAGCAGAAACAAAAUUUCAAAGUAAAAUUAUAAAAAUGGACAUGAUAUAUGCGCGAGGGAGACCCUGUCACUGUCACUGUCACUGUCACGUCGCAUCGCAUCUUUACAUUUUUCUCAACACACGCUACGUAGUAAAAGGAAUUGUGCAGCUAAAAAGUUUCUGAUAAAUUAUUCACUUUUAUAUAUAAAUGAUUGAUGAGAAAAACAUUUUAUAUUUAUGUAUUAUAAUAUAUAAUAACAGCUUAUAUGGAAUAUAUUUAUACAAAUAUAUUGUACAUAGUUUGAGAAAGCUUAUACAGCGUUAUUAUUGUUUACAGAUGUUUUAUAUAUUAUUAUUAUUAUACUCGUAUGUAACUGGUUUGAGAUCAGCCGACAUUUAUACAGAGUCAUUGUUGUUGUGUACUGACUACUUUUAAUUUUAUAUAGUUGUUAUAUUUAAAUGGAAAGUGUUCAAUGUGUCAUUUGAGUCGUUUGUGAACUUUGUUUACUAGUGGCAGGUGCCACGGUGCCUACAUAUUUCUAUAAGGUACUACUAAUAAGUAAUUCUCGGUAUGUAACGGCAGCAGACGCGUCAACUUCGGUCAAUUCUAACAUUUCACCAGCAAAACCUAACGUAAAACACAAUGUUCUUUACUUUGUAUUUAUCAAGCGAAUGCUGGUAAUAAAAUAACUUGUACGACUUUCCAAGCUGGUAAAUCUUAGGAUUGACCUGCGUUUGUGCUUUUGCAGUAGCAUAUUGGUACAUAACUCAAGUACGAUAAUGUCUUACACAUUGUGCAAUUAAUAAACUGUAUUGUUGUUUAGCUGAUAUAUAAACACGGCUAAACACUCACAUAUAUUCGUCCGGUGGCGGCACCG